AUGGACAGACCCUUGAAGCAAACCGGGACGAUAAUUGGAAGCAGCAACACCAAAGUGCUCGUCAAUAUGAAAGAUGUGCUGUACAUUCCGGAUCUCAGGGACAAUCUGAUGUCGGUCAAGAAGCUGGCAAAGGCUGGAAUUUCCGUGCUGUUUUCUGGCACCAAAGCUACAUUGAAGAAGGAUGGAAUGACAGUUGCGGUCGCAUAUCUGAAUGAUUCUUCAUGUGUGGUUGAUAGUGAAUUGCCCGAUUCGCUUACUGGUUCCGAAGAAUUCCCUGAGGCGGAUGAAUGUGCAACUGAUGUUAGCAGCAACGGAGAGCCAUCCGCGCUCCCGCCGCACCUAGAACACCACGAGCCCUUAAAGCAAGCGUCGGUGAGGCGUAGCGGUAGGGAACGCUCGCUCCCAGGUAAGUCCUGGUUUAUUCAGUUAAUUUUGGUGCAGUUUCUGCUGGUCUUUCUUUUGAUGUUCCAGAAAAUUUUUCCGACCUUGGUGCUAAAUCGUACGAUGCUGGUGGAAGAUGAGAGGAGGAGCGAACCUAAUUCCUUCGAAAAGAAUUACUCUUGGAACCUGACAAUGUGCCCAGAUGGUAUGAAGCUCUUGAUUCCGGAAUGGAUGUUUCGCCUUAAUGAAGAUGACCAUAGUCGACCGUUGCACUACGAGGCUCGAUUAGCAGCGAAAAACUAUCUACAACAACUUGGACAGGACUUCGAAGAAACCCACCCCGCCGGAGCUCGGUUAGCAGCGAUCCAUGUGGUUUUCGUUGAUGGAGUGAUUUCAAGGAAUGUUGAAAGAGACGGUUUACAUGGAGGUUCCCGACAAUCGUUGCAUGCUGUAAAUCGGUCCACCGGAUAUCAUUUUGCGUGCGAUCAUGAGGCCUCAGGAUUGGUGAAGAUAGAAGGUAUCGAGAAACAAGAUCAACUUGCUGAUGUCUCAACCAAGCUGCUGGAAUUCCGUUUGGGACCCGAAACGGAUGCCGGCCUACAUGAACGAGAGCGGGUGUUGAAGGAGUAG